CGUGCGCCCUCAAAUAGAUUGCGCCCUGGGCAGUCGCCCACAUUGCCCAGAGCAAAAACCGGCCCUGCUUGGAAUCGUUAGUCUGCUUGCUUAAUGAUUCCGCUCAUCGAUGAGGACGCAUUUGCGUGAUUACAUCGCACACGCGCCUUAUUUGUUUCGGAAUAUAUCCAACAGCCUCAAGACAGAAGCGUCAAGACAAAAAGCAUUACAAAAUUAUGUUCACAGUUUUUCAACAACAGCAGCAGCAGCUGUUUUACUUGCAGUCUGUGCACACGCAGCAAGCGCAAAAAAGGCAGAGCCGUUACCGAUGAGCUGGGAUGGAGCGAAAGGAAACGUUUUUCUGGCGUUCAAAGCAGCAGCGCUUUUUCCUGUAACCACCGUUAAAACCUUUACUUUGAAACAGCUGGAGGUCCUUCAUCAAUCACCUGAUCAAUUGCUUUUAUCAGGGAAGGCAAGGAGUUAGAAAAAGUGUCUCAGACCUUUGGAUUCAAGCCAUCUGAUGUCACUCAACUGGCACAACAACACUUACAUCCAUGCAUCACAGUAUAGCUAUGCUGGCACAGCCUUGGACAUGCCUUUGCUGCAAUGGCUUAAAACCUACACCUUCCCUGUGGAGUCACGCUUUAAGGACUUGGAGUUUGCCCGCAAGGUCUACACUCAAAUUGUGAGAAGAACCCUGAGAAAUGGAACAACCACCGCAUGUUACUUUGCUACAAUCCAUACUGAAGCCUCUCUCUUGUUGGGCCAGAUUGCUAAUGACUUUGGACAGCGUGCCUUGGUUGGCAAGGUGUGCAUGGACAGGAACAAUUCGGUGGAACAUUACAAAGAGACCUUGCAGGAGUCUCAAGACGAGACUUGCCGGUUCAUUAAAGAACUCCUGAACAAAAAGUACCCUUUAGUGAAGCCUGUGGUGACUCCCCGUUUCGCUCCAUCCUGCACAGGAGCUUUGCUUAAACAGCUGGGAGAAAUUGCUAAAAAUAACAACCUGCACAUUCAGAGUCAUAUCAGUGAAAAUGUGGAGGAAGUGAAGCUUGUGAAGGAGCUGUUUCCUGAUUCAGAGUCUUACACAGAUGUCUAUCACAAAUACAACCUGCUCACUGACAAGACAGUGAUGGCCCAUGGGUGCUACCUCAGUGAUGAAGAGUUGGCUCUAUUCAGAGAGACAGGAGCAUCUUUGUCCCACUGUCCCAAUUCCAACUUUUCGUUGUGCAGUGGAGUGUUAAAUGUCCGCAAUGUCCUGAAGCACAAUGUGAAGUUGGGGCUGGGAACAGAUGUGGCUGGAGGCUAUUCUGCCUCUGUGCUCGAUGCCGUGAGGAGAACUCUGGAUGCAUCUAAAGUCUUGACCAUCCAGGACCCAGCACAUGACGUAACACUCAGUUUUGAGGAGGUGUUCAAACUAGCCACACUGGGAGGCAGCCAAGCCUUGUCCCUGAAUGACCAAACGGGGAACUUUGAAGUGGGCAAAGACUUUGAUGCCCUGAGGAUUAAUGUAGCUGCUGAGGAUGGGCCUAUUGACCUCAUCCAGCCUGAGAAACCAAAGAUUCUUUUGGAAAAAUUCUUGAAUUUGGGUGAUGAUCGUAACAUAGCGGAGGUGUUUGUAGCUGGCAAGAAGGUGGUGCCAUUCACCGAGCCAAAGGAAGAUUUCACUGAGCAUUACAGUCUGACCUUGAGGUAAUUUGCUGGGACAUCCACUCUUGUCAUACCUGGCUGCCAACAGCCUCAGGCCCAGCUCCAGGCUCUCUCCAUGCAGCUCCUCCAGGGAGACUUUGCGACUAAGAGGGCUAACAGGAAGUGAAGUGCCUUCCUCCAGAGGAGCUGAGAACUCCUCUACAAAUGUCCCCAGGAACCGACGGGCCUCCUCCUCCUCCAUCCUGCUGACUCUGACUGGAGUGAACUCUUCAGUGAACAGGAGGUCAGGGCUCACAGAAGGUCUGGCCUCACAGGUCACAAAGGGACACUUGAAGGGUAAAAAGUGACACAAAUGAAUCAGUAUUAUUACAUUAUUUAUUUUACUUUUUACUAUACAAGCUUUUAAGUAGUUGUCAGUUAUCUAAGUAUAAUCACAACAACAGUUGCCUCAAAGUGCUUAAGACAGAGAAAACCCCAACAAUCAGACAACCCCUUAUAAGAAAGCACUUGGUAACAGGAAGAAACCUCCAACAGAACCAGGCUCAGUAAGAGGCGGCCAUCUGCCAUGACUGGUUGGAAAGUAAAACAAGACCCAUCAUCGAUGGGGAUAUCCUCCCAUGAUUACUGGAAGUCUAAAAUAAUGAAGUCAGGAUAACAUAACAGCCCCAUGUAAUAUUUAAGAAACAAAAAAACUACUUUCACAUUUUUAAAUGAAUCACAUUUGUACUAAUCACCAAAUCUGUACUAUGUUUAACAGAUCAUUUUACAUCUCUUACACUUUUUGAACAAAUUAUUUUUCACAUUUUUGCACAACAGUUGAGUCACUUCAAAGUCACUUUUAAUGUGGCAUGGCUGAGAAACAUAAAAACCCACAUCACCAAUGUUACUGUUGUGCAAGCUCAAUUUAAUUAUUCAGUUCACAGUAGUUUUGUGCUUUUGCAGAAAUUAACCAAUCAAUGACCAGAAUGAUGGAGGAGGACAGAUGAGGCUAUGCAGGCAAGCAUAGCAUUUUUCCUCCUGUUUAAUAGAAAAAAAAGCGAUUUGAGCAAAAUGAUCUUCGUUAUACCUUCGCCGUUGCUAUACUGAAUUUCCCCAUCGUUAAACUAAUAUAAGUAGAGACACAGAAUGCCAGUCGAGUUAUCAAGUGCAUGUACAGUAUGGGCUUAUAUCCAAAAAUCACCAGACCCAGUCGAACUACUUCAUAUUGUGCACAAUAUAUUAAAAAAAACAAAAAAAACAUGGACGAUAACACAGUGAGUGGGCUAUUAAAUAACGACAUAAGUGAUCACCUACCUGUUUUUAUUGUCUACUACUAUAAUUAUAGGAAACUAAGCAUUUACAAUUUAAAAGAGAUGCAUAAUGCCUGAUGGUGAAUAAAACAGGUGACAGACACCAUUUUACAAAUUAGAGGCCUGUCUCCAAGAUACUGAAAAAAGUCUUUACAGACUGAGUAGAUGACAGCCAAUAUGGAUUCAGAAAAGGCAGAUCAAUGUCUUUGGCAUUACCAGAAUUAAUUAAAGAAAUCUCAAAUUCUAUAGACAAAAACAGGUAUGCAGCAGUAAUAUUUAUAAACUUAAGAUAUAAGACAGUUAUAAAGGAUGAGCAAGUUAGGGGUAGGAAUUAAUAAGCAGUUACUUCGUCCCCCUCCUUUUUGAACAAAAAAAUGUUACUGAUUGCAUGUGAAUUUGAUUUUUAUGUGUAUUAGCAUAUGUUACUUAUAAAGAUAAGGAUUUGAUAUGAUAUAAU